ACCGGGGCCGUGACUAUGACAAUUCUGAAUCGGGGGAGGGUGGACUACUAUCCACGGCUUUUAAUUUAUCAGUGUUUUUCUAAAACCGUCAUGUUCCUGUACCUCCUUGGACUGGUGAUCUUCUACUAUCUGUACCGUUGGUUCCGAGAGAUCCCCAGGGUCCCAGAUAGAGGCAACAAAUAUGUGUACAUCACAGGCUGUGACUCCGGUUUUGGCAACCUGCUAGCCAGACAUCUGGACCAGCGGGGUUUCUCCGUGAUCGCUUCCUGCUUCACGGAGAAGGGAGAGGAAGAUCUGAGGAAGGCCUGUUCAGACAGACUCACCACCCUCCACCUGGAUGUCAGGAAGAAUGAGAGCAUCGACAAAGCAGCCGCUUUGAUUAAAGACAGAGUUGGGACUAAAGGACAUUUCAGAAAGCUCCUCCCACUCUUGAAUUACCAAACACGGUUCCUGUCCAACUUGCCACUUCCAGUGGAAAAGUUGAUGAAGGAGAAGCUUGUCAAGAUGUUCGACCCCGACCUGAUGAAGGUGGUGAGCUGCAUGGAGCACGCGGUGGCUGCCGUCCGUCCCCGAACCCGCUACUCCCCUGGGUGGGACGCCAACUUCUUCUGGCUGCCCUUGUCCUACAUGCCGACCAUGUUCGCCAAUUGGAUACUGCUCAAAGCGCCCAUCUUACCAGCCAAGGCUAUCAACUGAGGCAGAUGUCUUGGUUGUGUUCACGUGUUUAGACAUUGCUGAAUUAUGCCAGUUCCAUUUUGGCCAAGUCCUGUUACAGAAACUCAGCACCUGAUGGCAAAGCUGACAUGCAGUCAAUGCUGUCAGUGGUACUCGACUGGAACAACCAUUAUUCAAUCAGUGCAAAACAUUUUAGAGGUGUGCUGCUCCCAGUUAAAUAUAUAUAGAAUAUCGGUAUCUAGGAUCUGCAUGUCUUGUGAUUGGAUUAGCUAUAGCAUGACUUGGAUGCCAAUCAGACAUUUGAGAUGCCAUUCACUACUACUCUGGAUGUCCUGCACCUUUUGCUGCAGACUUACUUAUCCAUGUCAUUUUUAACCAGAUAAAUACACCCAUUUCCCUGUUUGUAUUCCUGAGCACUGUUGGGUCAUUCUUUGGCUUAAUUUCAAGCACUGUCUGUAGACAGGAAAGCUGAACAGUCAUGGCCAAUAAAUAAACAAGGUCAACAGUCCGAUGUGAUCUGG